UGCCAAGUUCUCCCAAGGGCACAGUUUCUCCGUUCGCACUCACCGUAUAAGAUAAGAUGGCAGGACGUAUUGGUCGAAUCAGCAUCCACACCUCACAUCAAGUCUCUGGUCUUUUGUAUUCAAGUCUAAGAUGUCUUUCGCUUCCCCUCCCGGCGCUGGUCCCCCUGAAGACUGGGACCAGGGAAACCAUGGAAGGCAGCCCAAGGCCAACUUGCAACGAGAGUACCGCAAAAGAGAAGGAGAGGUCUUCAACGAACUCCGCGAUAUUAUUAGGGAGCUGAACAACCAGGAGCCUGCAACGCGACACGACAUUUUGUCCGAAGCGAGCCGAUUGAUGAGGCAACUCGCGACUGAAAACAUGAAUUUAAAACAACAGUUGUCCGGGAUACCGCCCGCACGAGGAAACGGGGGAAAUAAUGUGGGACUCCUUGGGCCUCUAUCCGCUCAUGCCGAAUCUGCCUAUGGACGGCAAGGGGGGCCUUGGGUAGCCAGUCACGGAUUCCUCCAUAAUAACAAUACCCAGGCUCCUGGCACGUCUUCUCAGAUUCAUGCACCGAAUCUGAUGAUACCCCCCGGCACUAUGCCCGAGAUCGACCAGUUGAUGCGUGUUGUCGAUGAAGACAUCCGUGCCAACAACAUCCACCUCUACCCUCCGUACUACAGGAAAUAAACAGAGGCCAGGAGUGUCGGACCGCAAUAAUCCGAGGAUGCAUGCCACUAUCAUUAUUGGAGUCAUGCGAAGUAGCGGAAGACCCCAGGAGAACGUCCGGCCAUAUUUAUGUCAAACAUUAUGUCUUAACCUAUUGUUUUUUUUUGCCUUCCAUGCUUUUUUUCUUUUACUAUCGCUUAUGGCGUCGGAUGUUAUCGUACCAACGACGCUUUAUUUAA